AUGAUUGAUCCGAUUUCCAUCACGAUAAUCACCCUCGCUUGCUCAGUAGCCGCUGCUUUGAAAUCGGUCUACGAUAUGAUCUGCAAGUUCUUCAAGUCGAUCAGCAACUGGCGACUCUCCAGGAUGUUCAAGGAGAUCGGUUCUCUAAUGCAGCAGUAUAAGCGUGAUGGUUGGCUGCCAGCCAGUCAAAAGGCCACCUUGAGCAAGUUAAUGGAGCAAGCGAGGGCCGCUGACUGGAAAGGAAAGCUGCGCUCGGAAGGCCAAUAUAAGCUACUUAAAGAAGCAGACGGGAUUGAGACGGAUAUAUGCAAUGCAACCAGCUGA